AUGCAUAUAGAUCCUCAACCUUCAAUUGUGACACCAUUGUCACAAAAGUCUCUUCAAUCUUCUAUUCAUGCUCCAAAACCCUUACAAUCACCAGAUGAAUUGGAUAAACAAGAUAGCAUUAAUGAUUCUCAUGGCUCUUCCUCAUUGUCAAAUACAUCUAAUACUAAUAUUGCUGAUACCAAUACCUCCCUGCAAGACAACUCCAUGGAAAUUGAAACUGAUAAGAUUAAUGAUUCUCAAACCCAUGAAGCUGUUACUAACCAUAACUCUAAUCAUCCUAAAUGUACUAAUACUAACUCUCACUCUUCUUCCUCCUUCCCAUACCCUACUCGUUCUUCCCAAACCAAAAAAUAA